AAGUAAUUACGUAUGCGGGCGAGCUAUGGCAACAAAUACGGACUUCCAAUAAAUUUUUGUAAAAAAACAAAAAUUUGUGCUAAGAUAAAUAAUUUGACUUGAGUCAGUUCCUCUUGGCUCUUUCUUAUCCAAGUACGAUAAACCUCGUCCAAUACACGGCAUUUUAGGCGAGGUAAAGUGAAGCUCUUUUAACAAGCGAACUCGGUGCCCGGACGGCUCGAAGAGAGCAAUGGGUUGUUGUGGGAACAAAACCGAUACCACAAAUGACAUUGAGAUGAGGGAUACCGAUCAGAAAAGCGGUGGAAAUUAUGGCAAAUCAAAAAAGUUUGACCCACAAUUCAAUGGCCCCAUUAAAGACAGGAGUUGUACUGAUAUUCCAUGCUGCAUUCUUUUUGUUUUAUUUCUUGUUGGGAUGGCUAUUGUUGGCAUAUUAGCAUUUUUGUGGGGUAAUCCAGAUCGUUUAAUUCAUCCAGUUAAUUCUGAAGGCAAAAUUUGUGGGACUGGAGAUUAUAAAGACAAACCCAAAUUGUUGUAUUUUGAUCUGACUGAAUGUGUUCCAACAGAUCUUUCAAAGGCUGCAUCAGCCUUUUCUGGCCUGAAUCAUGUCUGUCCUACCACAAAGGUUUGUGUGACAAAAUGCCCAACAAAAAACUCACUUGGAACUGAGCUAUCUUGUAAGGAUAUGGCAUGCAAACCUGGUAUUGAACCAUGUGAUGCCACGGUUGAUGAAAUUAAAAAAUAUGUAGAAGAUGGUAAAUGUGCUCCAUACUACUUGGAGAGUGAAGACAUUUUGCACCGUUGCAUUCCAACAGUGUUUGGUAGUACAGCGAAAGGUAUCUUGGAUUCCGAUAAAAAAGCAUUAAAAAAUAGCAAAGGACUCAAUGUAACAACAGAAGAGCUGAAGGAAGGAUCAAAGAUUGUUCAAGCCUUGAUUGACUUGCAAAAUGUUGGUUUGAAGGUUCUUGAAGAUGUCAGGAAUUCAUGGUGGCUUAUUUUAGCUGGUUUCGGUAUUGCAAUGGUCGCCUCCUUUCUGUACAUUGUCACUAUGAGAUGGAUUGCAGGAAUGAUGGUUUGGUUGACCACUUACGCUGUAUUGACGUUGCUUGGAUUUGGUGUAUACUAUUGUUACACCAAGUAUAAGGAAUUGGAUGACGCAGGUGAAUCGUCAGAUUUCGUUUUCACAGCUAAUCUCUCUGUCUAUAAAGAUUCAAAGAAAACGUGGCUCGCUUUCACUAUAAUCCUUGGUGUAUUCUUACUGAUACUAAUCCUCUUAUUGCUUGCUCUGAGAAAGCGAAUUCAGAUUGCCGUAGCUCUGAUUAAGGAAGGAAGUAGAGCAAUAUCUUCCAUGUUGUUCACCUUAUUGUGGCCAAUAAUACCUUGGUUGCUACAGCUCAUUGCUUUCGCCUGGUUCGUUGCUGUUGGUGUUUAUCUUGUGACGACAGGCGAUGCAGAAUUUCAGCUUAAAAACACGACAGAUGUGAUCGACCCACUUUGCAAAUACCAGGACUAUGUAGAUUCUGAAAACCAGACAUGUUUGUUUGUGAAGUUUUCCGACGAAGUGACUGUUUUCCGUCUUCAAGUCUACCAUUUGUUUGGUUGGUUUUGGAUUAUGAACUUUGUGAUUGCUUUGGGGCAGUGCGUUUUGGCUGGAUCAUUUGCUUCGUACUACUGGGCUUGGGACAAGAAAACAGACAUACCAGCUUUCCCGGUGAUGGCGUCUUUCAUGCGUACUUUACGAUAUCACACAGGAUCCCUGGCGUUUGGUUCACUUAUUAUCGCGAUUGUACAAAUAAUCCGAGCAACGCUUGAAUACAUCGAACAUAAACUGAAAGAGUCUGGUCAAGACAAUCAGAUCGUUAAAUACAUUUUAAAAUGUCUGAAGUGCUGUUUCUGGUGCCUCGAAAAAUUCUUGAAGUUCUUAAACAAGAAUGCGUACAUCGAGAUUGCUAUCUAUGGAAAGAACUUCUGCGUCUCUGCUAAAAACGCUUUCUUCCUUUUGAUGAGAAAUGUUGUCAGGGUUGUUGUUUUGGACAAAGUCACAGAUUUCUUGCUUUUCAUUGGUAAACUCACAAUCACCCUUGGAAUGGCUGUUGGCAGCUUUUACUGGUUUGAACGUGAUAAGAACCUCAAUUAUUAUCUGGCACCAGUAAUUAUUAUCACAGUCGCCACUUAUGUUAUCGCCACUGCAUUUUUCAGCGUUUAUGAAAUGGCGAUUGACACACUUUUCUUGUGUUUCUUGGAAGACCUUGAACGCAACGAUGGUUCAGAGGAGAAACCGUACUACAUGUCAAAGAAACUGAAAAAAAUACUGGGUAAGAAAAACAAAAGAAACUCAGACAGUGAAUGAUACUACACGAAGUACUGAUAUUCGUCUUUCACCGAACUUUAGUGUAACAGUAUGUUUAAUGGCAUUAACGGGGUAUUUUUAUGUCUUGCGUUAUAGCAUUUUGUUUAAAUACGUGGCGAAAUUUUUCCUUAUUUCCCGUUGUUUAGAUAAUUUUUUUACUUUACACAUUCGUUUAAGCAGAUUUCAUAUAAUUUUUGUGGUGUAAUUGAAAGAAUCGAACAUGGAUUCCGUCAAGGACAAACAUGUUCAAUUCGUUAACACCCUUCAGAGAGAUGAGUAUUCUUGCAUACAUAUAAACCUGUUCGUUGUUCCUUUGCCAAAAAUUCAUCUUUUUGCCUAAAAUGCCAUGUUUGAUUUAGCCUAGUACGCCUUUGCAUCUGACGUUAUUUUGUAUUUGUAGCCUUCCGCCAUUUUGGGUGGCAAAUUGACACAAAAUUUACAUUUAAAUGUAGGCUUUCACGAGGUUGGAUUUUUUGAUUGAAUGAAAUUUCCCGUUUCAUUUUCUUCCUAAUUGUAAUUCGGUCCACAACUAAAAAAUAUUUUUGAACGUUUGUGGAAACACCACGUGAAUUUAGUUUUGCAAAAUUUUUGGGGAAAAAUUCAUCUGAUCCACCUGAAAAGCAAAUAAACAAAGAAUGCACCAUGAGAUUGCGGCACGGUGACUUACAAAUUUUUUCUGUUAUUCAGAAGGGUGCUAAAUUUUCAGUUUUCUCAGGUGAAUAAGAGAUUCUUGCCUUUCAAGAUGGCGGACUACUCAUCUGAUACGUCAGAUUGCGAAGCUUAAUACUCCCAAAAUCAUAUUUAAAAUGAAAAAAACAAGCCCACAUGCAAAGCAUGCUUAGUAAAAGUUAUAAUCGUUCAUGAAGGUUGUGAUUCUAUGUAAUUUUAUUGUAAUAUAAUUUAGCUGUUAAAUAAAUUGCA